AUGAUUGCUGUACAGGAGAGGCAGAGAUACCUUUCCACUGAACAAGAUCUUGCCUUGCAGGGGUUCAGCGUGCUGGACUUGCAGAGGGACGCGCAAAGCCUUGAGGAUUGUCAGAAGGAUGCUGGAUCGCUGCGUCGACGAUUGAAGGCCGCUCCGGAAGAACUCCUGGAUUGCUUCCUUGGAAAGCGGGGGUCCGCCCGUUUCUGUGAAAUCCCAUUUGAUGAGCCAUCAAGCCGGCGCAUGCGUUGCGAGAACUUGCGCGACCUAAGCGCCUCAGUUCAUGAAGCCGUGGGCUCCCUGAAGCUCAUGGGUGCCUCCAGCCUCUUGGGCUGUCUUCUACAUGAAACAGGCACCUGGGACAGCCGAUCUGCGCCGCCUCUGCAAGAGCGUGAUGUUGAGCGAUGGCUUCCUCGCCUGCUAGCUGGGCAGCUAACAGCUAUUGUUGCUCUUGGCACUGCAGUCGCAGACGUCGAACUCCAUUGUAUGGGCGCAGAGGUUGCGGUAGUUGAAGUUGCAGACGAGUCAGAAGAGGCCCCUGAUGCUGCGGAGGCUGCUGACGUAUCAGAGGAAGAAGAAGAAGAUGAGGAGAAGAAGCCGCGCACGAAACUAGUCAGCCGAGGGUUUCCUGCGCGGCCACAUCACAUAAGACUUCCUGCCGGCAGACUGUUGCUUGUACGACCUGAUGUUGUCUGGCAGCUUGUGGCCGGGGAUGCAGGCGACUUCACGGUAAGCUGGAUGUUUGGUGGCAAGCCAGAAGUGGACUGGGCUGUCCUAAGCAAGCCUCGCCAGCCUGACGCAAGCGCACCAGGCCUUCUCCGGCUACAGAGCUGGCUCAGCAAACGCCUGGAACAGCGCAGGGCCUGUUUAGAGGUUGAUAGUCGGAUCACGGAAUGGCGAGUCAUGGUCCCGUAUGUGUACAAACUUAAAGCUCCAAAAACUCCAACCUUCGGAGCGGACCGUGUCGAGGUCUUUUCCAAGGGUGACAUCGUUUUAGGCGCUACGGAGACCGUUGACAACAACCUCUGGCUCGAAACGCUGACAGGCCAACCAGAUGUGCACGGACAGAAGAUCAAGGGCUAUAUCGCCAUGGAGGUGGAUGGCGCAUUGGAGCAAGCCAUCCAACCAGUUAGAGACUUCUUGCCUGCUUGGCAGACCAUCAGCGCCCACAUGUCGUCCAGCACAUGCCAUCAGACCGUCAUCCGAGGUGCAUCCAGCAAGUUUGCUACCACUCAUGAUGUUCGACUCUUUUGGCCCCCGCAUAUGGCCGGAGCCGAUUUUUGCAUCGAGGUUCCGCUAGGUAGAUGGGAUCACACGCCCUACUUCUUUGAGGAUGACGAUGAUGAGCGCUCACAGGACUCCAGAGUUUUCUGCAAGCAUGGUGCGUUUAUGGACGGUGCGGAACUGUUUGACAACAAGCGUUUCCAGAUCUCUCCUGCGGAAGUCAUAUCCAUGGACCCGCAGCAGCGCAUGGCUCUAGAGUGUGCAGAGGAGGCUUUCUUCCACAGUGGUCUAAAUCGCGAAGCCCUGGUAAGGUCUGUUUCCGGAGUGUAUGUCGGUGCAGGUAUGCAUGAGUGGACUGUCACUCCAAACUGUGCUCGAGAUGCUUCGGCUGACAUGUACGGAUGCACAGGUGGAAGCACGGCAAUCCAUUCAAAUCGUAUUUCAUUCAACCUGGGUCUCAUGGGACCCUCCAUCACUGUGAUUUGCGAGGGUGCCUCCUCGCUCGUGACACUGGAGCGGGGUUUCGUGUCUCUGGAUCCGCAGAAGUCCGACAAUGUCCGAGCGCUGUCAAUGGGAGUUUCCACUAUGCUUGUUCCGGCGACGUGGAUAAUUCUCUCUCAGGCUGGAAUUAUGUGGAAUGGGUCAGUCCAUGGGCGUUGUAUGGCAUUUGCUGCCGAGGCCUCGGGCUACGUUCGUGGAGAGGGCUGUGGAUGCGUGGUACAAUCAGUCCUCCGCGACGAAGAGUCUGAACCCAAUUUAGGUAUGCUGCGGAGUGCACGUUCCACGCAGCAAGCAGCGAUUGCAGGACGGGCUGGGCUGCAUGCUCCCAAUGGCCCCGCAGAAAAGGCGCUUGUGUCAGAGGCCGUGUCUAUGGCGAAGCUGGAAGCAGUCUCCGUGGAUGCUGUGGACUGCAACGCAGAAGGUCGACUGCUGAGUGAUGCCAUAGAGCUGGCUGCCAUCUCCACCAUCCUCUGUCCAGAAGGCCAGGACGAGUCGCGGGUCCGUCCACUCCCAUUGAUAGCUUGCAAGUCCAACCAGGCUCACUGCCUCGAGGCUGCUGGCGUGUGCGCGCUUCUUCGUAUACUCUUUAGCACGCGCACGUGCUGCCAUGCUGCGCCCCUCCAGCAUCUCUACAGCUUGAACCCGAUGAUUGGAUCAUCACUUGAUUUUGAUGCCUUUGGAUGCCAGUUGCCAACCGAACUGGUGAGGUCUCGAAGUCGAGACGCCAUUGUUGGCGUGAAGGGUCACAGCAUCGUCGGAACGAUGGGCAUGCUACUAGUUUCAAUUUCGAAGCAGCAGAGACCAGACACACAGGAGAGUUCCACAAUGAAAUCCUUGUCUUUUUGGCCGGCCGGGGCCGUGUCUUUGCCAGCUCAUGCUUUGCCACAGAAGGGAUAUGAAGUCAUAGGCUCCUGGAACGACUGGACAGCCUCAGUUCCGAUGAUGAGACGCAACGAGUCUGGCCGCGAACAUGUAUGGACAGCAGAUUUGCCUCUCGCUUCUGGUGGCUUAGUCUUAGUCACCUUUCAAAUCCUUCUAGAUGGAGAUCCAGAGAAAAUUCUCCACCCCGGUUGUGUGGCUGCAGGGCCAAACACGCGGGUGUUGGGACCACAUCCCUCUGAGCAGCUGGCCCGUUCCAUAUCGUGGUGUGCUGCUUUAAGUCCUGAGGCUUUGCAAGGGGACACCUGCCGGAUUGAGCUUUUCAUUUCAGGUUCCUGGCGUGCGGUGUCCUGGUUAGCGUGUGCAAAUGUUGGAACUCUCUGUUGCAUGGUCAUGGUGUGCAAGGUUGUCGAGGUGGAAAUUAUUGAUGACGAUGACUAUGAAGAGGAUCAGGAGUUCUAUAUGGAGAUUUGCUCUGCGGUAGCCACUGGAAAUGUAGAAGCUUCCAUUGGGGAGAAGAAGGAAGCAACUGUAGUGAUUGUGGAUGAUGACCUUCCUGGUAUUCUGGGGUUUGUCAACGAGGAGAUCAAAGUGGAGGAAAGUCCACAGAAGCAGCAGGUGGAGAUCAAAAUCCGAAGGAAGAUGGGCGCUUCAGGAACGAUUUCCUGCAAGUACAGAACUGAAGAUGCAUCAGCCAAAGCAGGACCCGACUACACCAAGUUGGAGGGCGAACUGGAACUGCAAGCAGGACAAAUGGAAGCAUCUCUGUAUGUUGAUAUCAUGCCAAAGGGCCGCUAUGAGAACACGGAGAAGUUCCGGGUGAUCCUGGAAGAGCCGUCUGGAGGAGUUCGAUUCGACGUCAGUACGGAUGGUGGUAGCGAGUCGUGCGUUUGCACUGUGUGGAUCCUUGCAGAUGUCUCCCACAAGCCCUUCAUGGACAAGGUUGUCACAAAACUUGCGCCGAAUUGGGACGAAGUGGCUCUGGGCAAUGCGGCGUGGUUGGACCAGUUCUUUGAAGCGCUUUACUGUGGGGGUGACAAGGAGGAACAAAGCAAGUCAUCUUGGUUCGAGUUUGUGCUUCACUUGUUGUCUUUGCCUUGGAAAAUAAUUUUUGCCCUGGUGCCACCGACCGAGUACUGCGGUGGAUGGCUUUGUUUCUUCAUUGCUUUGGUCAUGAUUGGUUGCGUCACAAUUGUCAUUGGCGAUUUGGCGUCGCUCCUGGGCUGUUCCAUGAACAUCAAUGACUUGCAGACAGCAAUUACGCUCGUGGCCAUGGGCACUUCUCUGCCGGACACUUUUGCCUCCAGAACGGCCGCCAGACAGGAUGAAUAUGCUGAUGCGAGCAUCGGAAAUGUUACAGGAAGCAACUCCGUGAACGUUUUCCUUGGCAUUGGCUUGCCGUGGAUGAUUGGAGCCAUCUACUGGAACAUGCAGGGGCCCACUGCAGAGUGGCAAGCCAAAUAUCCAGGGCUAGUGAAUACGUAUCCCGAUGGUGGAUUCUUC